AUGGCACUCAAACUUGCCGGGCUAUACGUUGCUUCUGGAAGGAAAUCAAAGAAUUCGAUAUUCGCUAAAUUAAUGAAAAAUCGAAAGUCUCGUCCUGCUAUAAUCAUGAAGAAGGUCCAGGGCAUGUCGCUACUACGGACUAAAGCAUGGAGGAGAGCUGACCCUGCGAUGAAGAUCAGGUUGAAGAACGCCGUUAAGGAGAUCAUCAAGGUUCAAGUUGUGGACUUCGCGCUUCAACAUCAGAUUCUUCCUAAUGAUUUUCAUACGGGGAAUGUUUUCGUAGAUUUGAGGCGGGACGGAACUGUCAGGGAGGCUAAACUGAUUGAUUAUGGCUAUCCUGGGAUGAUUUCUAUCCAGUCAACAAACCGGAAAGUACUCGUGAGUCAUAAACUCCUUGCUUCUGCUCGGCCUUAUGUUUUCUUACCUUCUUUCAUGAUGAAGGAAAAAUAUUUCGAGUGGCGUUGGGCCCAGCUAUGGGACGGGACGUAA